UAUCCUGAUAACACACUGGAACAAAUCACUCCACAACUAAACACCAUCAGCUGACGCUCCCUCUGAGAUUAAACACCUUUGGACUGAAACACUCCCUGAAUAACACGUCAAAGUUCAACAUUUAUCAGAGGAGUUCUGGUUAAGCUCCGCCCCCUCACCUGAUUCACCUGAGACAAACCAGGAACCAGUUUAUUAUUGUGUGACUAAAGAGAGACACAGACGAUCAGAUUCAGCUUCAGACCAAACUAACACCUUCCUCUGAGUGAGUCCAGCUACAGGAGAGAAAAGUGGAAACUACAACACUGCUGCUUCAAGCUGCUGACUCUCCACACACUGAAGCUUCACUCAGAGACUAAAUGGCUUCCAGAUCAGAGGAGGAUUUCUGCUGUCCGGUCUGUCAGGAGGUCUUCACAGAUCCUGUUGUUCUGUCAUUUAGCCACAGCUUCUGUAAAGUCUGUCUGAAGAACUGGUGGAGAGACAAACCAACACACCAGUGUCCAGUUUGUAAGAGAAGAUCUUCAAGAGAUGAUCCACCUUUAAACUUGGCCUUGAGGAACCUGUGUGAGUCCUUCUUACAGGAGAGAGAUCAGAGAUCUCCAGAGGCUCUCUGCAGUCUGCACUCUGAGAAACUCAGACUCUUCUGUCUGGACCAUCAGCAGCCAGUGUGUGUUGUCUGCAGAGAUUCAAGAAAACACUCCAACCACAGAUUCAGUCCCAUCGAUGAAGCUGCAACAGAUCUAAAGAAGAUCCUUCAGGAAACUCUGAAGCCCUUAAAGGAGAAAUUAAAGGUUUAUGAAGAAGUUAAAGUGAAGUUUGAUGCAACAGAAAAACACAUCAAGGUCCAGGCCCGACACACAGAGAGGCAGAUUAAGGAGCAGUUCAAGAAGCUUCACCAGUUUCUAGCAGAGGAAGAGGAGGCCAGGAUGGCUGCACUGAGGGAGGAAGAGGAGCAGAAGAGUCAGAUGAUGAAGGAGAAGAUGGAGGCUCUGAGCAGAGAGAUAGCAGCUCUUUCAGACACAGUCAGAGCCACAGAGGAGGAGCUGAGAGCUGAAGACGUCUCAUUCCUCAACAACUACAAGGCUGCAGUGGAAAGAGUCCAGCGCUGCCCCCUGCUGGAUGAUCCACAGCUGCCCUCAGGAGCUCUGAUAGACCAGGCCAAACAUCUGGGCAACCUGGCCUUCAACAUCUGGAACAACAUGAAGGACCUGGUCUCCUACACUCCUGUCAUUCUGGAUCCAAACACUGCUCAUCCAGAACUGAUCCUGUCUGAAGAUCUGACCAGUGUGAGAGGAGGAGAUAAACAACAACUUCCUGAUAAUCCAGAGAGGUUUGAUUGUUUCUGUUCUGUCCUGGGCUCUGAGGGCUUUAACUCAGGGACUCACAGCUGGGAUGUUGAUGUUGGAGAUAACACAUGGUGGUUACUGGGUGUGUUAGCAGAGUCUGGCCAGAGGAAGGGAUUCAUACAAUCUGGAUUGUGGGUAUUAAGGUUCUAUGGAGGUAAAUACUCAACAUGGUCACCAUCAGAUCUUCCCACUGUUCUCCCAGUAAAGAAGUUCCAGAGGAUCAGAGUGAAUCUGGACUGGAACAGAGGAAAUCUGUCCUUCUCUGAUCUUGAUACUAACACACACAUACACACCUCCACACACACUUUCACUGAGAGGAUGUUUCCAUAUAUUAAUGCUAGAGAUGAACUCAAACCAGUGAAGAUUUUACCAGUGAAUCAGAUCAGUCAGAGAUAAACAGGAUGAUUCUGUUCAUGACGUCGUUUCUUUCUUUAAAGUCAGUGAAUUUAAAAAGUAUCUGCUCCUGUAAAUUUAAGGUGGACGGUUAGUUUUGAGGUGGACUUCUUCGUUUUAAGGUGGACUCGUCAGUUUUGAGGCGGACUUGUUUUAAGGUGGACUGUCAUAUUUAAGGUGGACUGUUGGUUUUAAGGUGGACUUGUUAGUUUUUAAGGUAGACUUGUUAGUUUUAAGGUGGGCCAGUUUUAAGGUGGACUUGUUCAUUUUAAGGUGGGCUUUUUAGUUUCAAGGUGGAUUUGUCAGUUUCAAGGUGGACUUGUUAGUUUUAAGGUGGAUUCGUCAGUUUUAAGGUGGACUUGUUAGUUUUAAGGUGGACUUGUUAGUUUUAAGGUGGACUCGUCAGUUUUGAGGCGGACUUGUUUUAAGGUGGACUGUCAUAUUUAAGGUGGACUGUUGGUUUUAAGGUGGACUUGUUAGUUUUUAAGGUAGACUUGUUAGUUUUAAGGUGGGCCAGUUUUAAGGUGGACUUGUUCAUUUUAAGGUGGACUUGUUCAUUUUAAGGAGGACUUUUUAGUUUCAAGGUGGAUUUGUCAGUUUCAAGGUGGACUUGUUAGUUUUAAGGUGGAUUCGUCAGUUUUAAGGUGGACUUGUUAGUUUUAAGGUGGACUUGUUAGUUUUAAGGUGGACUUGUUCAUUUUAAGGUGGACUUGUUCAUUUUAAGGUGGGCUUUUUAGUUUCAAGGUGGAUUUGUCAGUUUCAAGGUGGACUUGUUAGUUUUAAGGUGGAUUCGUCAGUUUUAAGGUGGACUUGUUAGUUUUAAGGUGGACUUGUUAGUUUUAAGGUGGACUUGUUAGUUUAAGGUGGACCGUUAGUUUUAAGGUGGAUUCGUCAGCUUUAAGGUGGACUUGUUAGUUUUAAGGUGGACUUGUUUUAAGGUGGACUGUCAUAUUUAAGGUGGACUUGUUUUAAGGUGGACUGAUUUCAGAGCUGAAUGUUUAUCUCUUAGAAAUGAAAAGCUGAUCCAGUUGAUCCAGAUGUGACUGAUCUGAUGAUGUGAGCUGUAUUUCAUGUAACCUGUGACCUGCUGUCAUUCAUCUACUUUCUAAUAACACUGUGUGGACGACAAUAAAAAGGGGAAAAUGUUCA